AAAAUUAGUACCCGCUUUACUCUUCACAACCAGACGCCCACCACGGUGCCAUCUUUCACAUGAAACUCAAUUUCGACUCUUCGAUUCUCAUGAGGAGCCCAACGACGCAUUGGCUUCGUGCUAAGUGGACGAGUUAACUACCUCCAUCAGGUGUCAGACUGGGGGGUCGCUGUAUGCACCAUGUCGCAGUGCGUUCCGCCGGAUAUCGAUGACAUCCUUGGGCCUUUUGUGAUCGGGUACCAAUUCAACUGGGCGCUUUACGGGGUGUUGGUGACGCAAGCAUACUGGUACUACCUUUCCGACUUCGCCGAUGGGUGGAGAGUGAAGGCCAUUGUGUAUGGCACCUUGUUCAUCGAAACCGUCCAGAUAGCUCUUGCAACUCACGACUCUGUCUUUCAAUUUGCUUUGACAUGGGGCCAAACGUCUCAUCUGGACGAUCUGGGUUUCAUCUGGAUCACAAUGCCGGUAACCAUCGCGCUCGUUAGCAUGAUCACCCAGCUCUUCUACGCUUGGCGUUUACGUAUUCUUGGUGUACGAGGCGGACAUGUAGUUCCCGCUGUAAUUGCCAUUCUUUCCAUCUUUCAAGGGAUUUCGGCGUUGUACACAGCAAUACGCUCGGCGAUCAUUGAUAGUCACAGUCGCUCGAAUCUCGCAUCAAAUCUUC